CGCGCGCGCCCGGCGGUGGUUGGAUCGUGGCGUGUGUCUGGUUGUUUCUCUGAGGCGUUCCUCUUCACUGGUCUACCUCGCGCAACAUGUCGGGCCGCGGCAAGACCGGCGGCAAGGCCCGCGCUAAGGCCAAGUCGCGCUCGUCGCGCGCCGGUCUCCAGUUCCCCGUGGGACGCGUGCACCGGCUGCUGCGGAAGGGCCACUACGCCGAGCGGGUCGGCGCCGGCGCUCCUGUGUACUUGGCGGCGGUGCUCGAGUACCUCACGGCCGAGAUCCUGGAGCUGGCGGGCAACGCGGCCCGCGACAACAAGAAGACGCGGAUCAUCCCCCGCCACCUCCAGCUGGCCAUCCGCAACGACGAGGAGCUCAACAAGCUGCUGGGCGGCGUGACGAUCGCCCAGGGAGGCGUCCUGCCCAACAUCCAGGCCGUGCUGCUGCCCAAGAAGACCAGCGCCACCGUGGGGCCGAAGGCGCCCGCGGGCGGCAAGAAGGCCACCCAGGCCUCUCAGGAGUAUUGAGGGGUGCCCGCGCCGCUGCCGGCUGCUCCCGGCCGCCCAGCCCUCCCCAUGCCACCACAAAGGCCCUUUUAAGGGCCACCACCGCCCUCACGGAAAGAGCUGAGCCACGUCGGGCCUCGGGACGGGCGGGCCGCGGUUCCCGGCUCCCCUCGCGCGCUGCCGCCGCCCGGCCUCCCGCCCCCGCGCCUCCCCUUCCCCCGCACGGCAUGUCGCGUCGGCCUCCCGCCCGGGCCGCGGCGCUCAGGGGCCUCGGGUCCUGUCCUAUCUGCCGGGAGGGGCGCGGGCCGGCCGCCUUCGGAGGGAGGGCUCGGAAUCUCGGGCGCUCUCCUGGGGGCCGCGAGGCGGCUGGGGGCGCAGCACCUGCCCGCCUUGGCGCUCGUGACUCCGCCGCCCCAUCCUCAGAAUUGUUGAUGGGCUGCGGGGAGGCAGCCGCACCUUCUGGAAGACAAGGCGUUCCGCUCUGGGGUAGCGCGGAGAGGGCAGCCGAGGCCGAGAAGGCCGGCGACCCUGAAGGCCUGUGCGGUGUGGCCAAGACCAGACGCUUGGUAAUAUGAACACCAUUCCUCCAGAGAGGACUGCCUCCUAGGAAGACGUUUGGGGGAGGGCAAAGGCCUGCAGGUCGGCUUCACAGCUGGCUGUGUGGACAGCAGUUGUGUUUUCGCUGAAACCCUGGCGGCCAGGCCUAUGGGGCCUACCUACUCUGCCCCAUUGCCCUUCCAGCAACUCAACUCAGCAAAUCCAAGCACCUAGAUACCAGCACAAGUCGGUUAAUCCCUGUCUGGACUGAGCCUCUGUUGGCUUCUGAACUGGAAUUUUGCAGCUAACCCAUCCAAGACUAGAACUUUAGGUAUUGGGGAGUUUUAGAUGGACUAAUUUUAUUAAAGGAUUGUUUUUUUAAAUGAA